AUGUCGACAAGAAUCAUCCUAAAUCCUAAAGGAGCACGGGCAGACAUGCUUCGUGAGUGGGUUCAAUUGUAUCAGCAUGUAUUUCUAGAUCGCCAGGAGAGGAUUUUAAAUGUCAGAUACCCAGGAACUGAAAAGAAAGUUGUCACAAUAGCUGAACUCCGAAACAAGAAGGCAGCUAAUGCAACUCCUGAUGAGAUAGCUUGGAUUAGAGUGACUAUACCAGAAGCUGACUUGCAAAGGGUGAAUGCCUACAUAGGUUGUCUUGGCUGUGGAAAGCGAACACAUCUUGCUCUAGGGACUCGUUUUCCUUGCAUUUCAUGCAAAAAAUCCGAUGCUACUGCUGUCCACAAAGUAACAUUCAAGUUUGAAGCUAUUGAUGCCAGUGGAACUAUGUCAUUCACAACCUUUAAUGAUGACACAGAAAAACUUUUCCGAAAGACAGCAGUUGAAAUUUGGGAGAUGAAAACCACUGGCAAUUUUGAUGCUUUCAAGGCUGUACAAGAAGUUCUGUCGACCAAGCCUUUUUUCAUUCAAGUGACACCAACUUUGGAACUUGCAAGGAACAGUGUUCUCCUUUGA